AUGCACAAAUUCGUGUGCGCAUCACACCUUGUUUGGGAGAUGUGCUCUUCGCUCUCACAGAACGGCGACGACCCCAAAUGGACAGAAAUGUUCAAAAUCUGGGAGCCGCAGUAUGCGGAGGUUAGGGAUCAGAUUGCUUCUUGUAAAGGCAAGUCUAGGUUCUCUGUUGUCAUUCCUCCCCCUCCGGUGGAUGUUACAAUUGUUGAGCAUCGCGCUCAUCUUACUUCUGGAUACGAGCGGAAAAUAUUUGAGUUAGUGGGAACCGAGUUCACCUAUAGCAGUUCUUUGCAUCUGUGUGAUGAUCUGUGCGAGCUUCGCAAAUAUCUCACUGUUAUUUCUACUCGUCCUAAGUGGGGGUCAUUGAGCAUCACUUUCCGGCAUGAGCCUUGGUUCCCGGAGGGAAGGUGA